CAACAAUAAUAAAAAAAACUAUACUAGAUCUGAAAAUUUACUAAAAAUUAAAAAAGUUAUACUAGAUCUGGAAUAAUGCCCAUUUCCCUUCUAAGCCAAGCAUUCUCUCCCCUCUCCUUCCACCGCCAUCGCAGUGCCGCCACCGUCCUCCCCAACAUGGCAAGACUGGCGUUCAUCCUCCUCCUCUUCCUUUCCUUCCUUUAUCUCUCCACCGCUGAGAUCAAAACCCUAACCAUUAAUUCCGACUCCCGUCCGAUGAUCCUCUUCGAGAAAUUCGGGUUCACACACACCGGACACGUUUCUAUCGUUGUGGAUUCCGUCUCCGUCUCCUCCUCCACGAACGCUCCCAACCCGGAUCCUUCUCGCCUCGGCUUUUUUCUUCUCUCGGAGGAGUCUCUUCUUCAGGUGCUCCUGGAGAUCCAACAAAACCCCCACUUAUGCGUCCUGGAGUCUCAGCAUGUCCACCCGCUCUUCACCUUCCGCCAUCUCUCCCCUCCUCCCCACUCCCUUUUAAACGGAUCGUACCCCAUCACCUUACCGAAUGAAUACUCACUCUUCUUCGCCAACUGCGCCCCUGAGACUCGCGUCUCCAUGAACGUCCGCACCGAAGUUUUUAACCUCGACAGCGAUGGCUCUAACGAUUACCUCUCCGCCGGCCUCACCCAGCUCCCCUCUCUUUAUGCCUUCUUCUCCCUCUUGUAUGUUGCUGCCCUGGGUUACUGGAUCUACGUCUGUUACACCAACAAACGCUCAGUCCACCGGAUCCAUUUGUUGAUGUGUGGGUUGCUGCUCUUUAAGGCGUUGAAUCUGAUUUGUGCUGCAGAGGAUAAGCAUUACGUGAAGGUCACGGGGACGCCUCAUGGGUGGGACGUUCUCUUCUAUAUAUUCCAAUUCAUUCGUGUUGUGCUGCUUUUUACAGUUAUUGUGUUGGUCGGGACGGGAUGGUCCUUUUUGAAGCCAUUCUUGCAGGAGAGGGAGAAGAAGGUGUUGAUGAUUGUGAUCCCGCUUCAGGUCUUAGCUAACAUUGCGUCCGUCGUGAUUGGCGAGACUGGACCCUUUAUCAAGGACUGGGUAACAUGGAACCAGGUAUUCUUGCUGGUGGAUAUCAUCUGCUGCUGCGCCAUCAUCUUCCCGAUCGUCUGGUCUAUUCGGUCCCUCAGGGAGACCUCAAAGACCGAUGGGAAAGCAGCCAAGAACUUGGCCAAACUUACACUGUUCAGGCAGUUCUAUAUGGUGGUGAUUGGCUACUUGUAUUUUACAAGAAUUGUGGUUUUCGCCCUCAAGACAAUCGCGGCUUACAAGUAUCAAUGGGUGAGCAAUGCUGCUGAGGAGACUGCAAGCCUUGCAUUCUACAUAGUGAUGUUUUAUAUGUUUAGGCCAGAAGAGAAAAAUGAGUACUUUGUUCUUGAUGAAGAGGAGGAGGAGGCUGCAGAGAUGGCUCUCAGAGACGAAGAAUUUGAGCUUUGAAAACGGGCAAGGAAGAGCUCCCCAUUUUUUGCUGCAAAUGGUAUGGUUUACAGGUUUGUUUAGCCGAUUUACAGAUACUAAUGCUGCCUCAGGUCUGCUACUGCUGAUGCAACUCUGUUUUUAGUGUUAUAUAAUUUUUUUCUGUUAAUUUUCUUGUUAUUAAUACUUUCAUGCUUUUUUUUAGUGACUGUCAUUCUAGUUAAUGAAAUUCUCAUGUCAUG